AUGGCCACCAGCGGCGCGUUGCUGCACUCGUGCACCGUGUACCUCCACCUCUACGACGCCGCCAGCGGCUCCUACACACAGCAGACAGACGCCGCAGUGGGCUGUGCCUUGCUCGGUGGCGACCGCGAGCGUCCGCGCGCGUUCUCGCUGCUGCUCUACGACGCCCAGAAGUCGCCCCUGCUGCAGGUCCUUUUGACGCCCAGCACGCGGUUUGUGCCGCAAACGAGCAAUUACGUGAACUUCUACGACCCGCAGUCGAAGCAGUACUAUGCCAUGCGCUUCAGAGACGCUGCGAAUAGUGAGGAGUUUCUAAAUGCCGUGGCGCUGAUCAAGGCGCAGGUGCUCGUGCACUCUGCGACAUCUUUUGAGCGUCAGAAGAGACGGGUGGUGCUUGUGGAUGACGUGGCAAUGGGGAGAGAAGAUGCAGAAGCACUUGGAGCUGGAGACGUGGCGGGGGUGACGCUCAAGAAAUGGCACGGGGCUGCGGCAGAGCGGGACCAGUUCUUUUCGGCGAACCCGUUGGAUAUUCGUAGCCGUCAAACGACGGAUGCGACCACUGGCAAUGAGGUGAAGAGGAUCAAGCUAUUGGCAGAAAUCGAAGACGGAGAAACGGACCCUUUUGUUGCUGUGUUGGCGACCGAAGCGCUCAUUGGGAUGCACAAAAUGGCGAAGCGAUUGGUGACUGUGACGUUCCCGGACACUCAAGAGUGGGUCAUUGCAGAAGUGGAACUAGUCAAGGUGAAGAAGAGCACGAGGUCGAGUGCGGAUUUGACGCCGACUCCAUCGAAGGAUGAGUACGUGGGAGCACCGAUUACUGCUGCUAGUGAUGUAAUGGAGGAGCAGACACUGAAAGAGCAUGACGAACUUGUCAAGCGCAUGGCAAUGUUGUCUCGAGUUGGUAGUCAAACAUCAGAAAUGAUGGCAAGCGCGCAAACGAAAGUGCACAGCCGCCAAACGUCGGUUGGUGACACUGAAGUGAUGCCGAAGCGAGCAUCAUUUAGUGGACUGCAGUCGACAGAACCUCCAGCAGGGUACGUGCCAGUGCUAUUGGCUGGGCUCCAGCUUCCGGGACAACGACCUGGGUCUUUUCGCAAUAUGAGGAAUGAUUCGGAGGUUGCAAAGCCGUCGGACUCUUCUUCGCCUUCUCGUGCCAAGUCGGUAACCGUGCCUACGUUUGAACCGCUGAAGCAGCUGUCUACGUCACCUAAUGUAGACGUGGACGGCGGCACGACACUGUCGUCGUCGUUGUCUAGCGAUCUAGAGCGGUUGAUGAAAGAGCAAUCGGAUUUGGCGCGACUUCAUGCGGAAUUAGAACAAAGCAAGCGCAAGCUCCAAGCGGAUGACACAAGUGUUGGUGUACCAGCGGCCCAACGUCCACAUUUAUCGACGAAGGAGGUCAAUUAUUCUGUGGGUUUGACUGAACACAAGCUGGCACACGAGAAGCAAGCUCCUUCCUUUGCGCCUACACCGCUUGCGUCUAUGGGUUUCCAUGCACUCUCUGGUGGAACCUCAUCUUCAUAUAGGACAACGCCGGACAAGUGGUCACCUGCUAACUUGGAUAUAGUGCCGUCUUUCCCGUCGUCCACGUUUAAUCCCCAGUCAUUGGGGGCCCCAGCACCGCCGACCCCGUUCUCGUCGUCUCUAACACCGUACACGAAUCGAUCAUUUCCGUCCUACCCAUCGACGCCAGGAGUGUCAGGGUCAGGAUCAUUGCCAGAUGUCGAGAAUGGUAUAUUUCGUCUACAACGAUCAUCUACAUCGAUUGAAUCCAUGCUGCACGAUCUGCAGUCGAAGAUGGAUCGGUUGCUGAAUGUGCAAAACUCGAUGAAAGCGAGCUCAUAUGCUGGAAAUGCACGCAAGUACGGUGGAAGUGUGCCGUUCUCGUCUGUCGCAUUCUCUUCGUCAUCAUCAUCGUCGUCAUCUUCGUCAAUGCUACUGAAAAAUAUUGAAAAGGCUCUCGCACAGCGCGAACAGCUUCAGGAAGCUAAUGCUCGACUUGAGGACGCAAACGGCGAACUCGAGUCUAGUGUCGAAGAUCUGCAAAAUCAACACGACUUACUUCAGAUGGAAAACCGUGCGCUACUAGACAAACUGCAAAGCGGGAAUCAUUUGCAGCAGGAGAAGUUUGGCGUGGAAUUGCGGAGUGUUCAGGCAAAACUUAGUCAGUCUCAGGAGCAAAUGCUUGCGUACCAGGAAGAAAACUUUCGACUUCGAGCAGAGCUUUCUGCGAAGGACGAUAAGCUUGCAAAAGAGAAGGCAAAAUUACAAGAGGAUGUACAGAAGCAGUAUGGUACUCUGAGGCGGCAGGCCGAAGAGGAAGUUCGUCAAGGCUUGAUGGACUCGAUCGACAAAAUGGCGACCGAGAAUGCCGCGCUGAUGGCGCAAGUUGGCGAGUACAGUGCUCAGAAGAAGCAGUGGGCUCAUGAGCGGGACAUGAUGAAAAAGCGGCUGAGUGAAGCCCAGAGCCAGCAGGUGCAGCUCCAAGACGACUCUGUGAAAUCGCAGAGUGCUCAGAACUCGCGCGUGCAGGAAUUACUGGCUCGGCUUGAGCAACUUGAAGCUGAAUCGAAAGGUUUGGAACAGCAAGCGGACAAGUAUCGCUUUGAAGUGCAGCAUCUGGAGGAGCUGCUUGUGUCGAAAGAGCACGAGAUGGCCGAGCUACAGUCGGCAAGAAAUGAUCGGGAGUACGCGGCUUUGAGUGGCCUUUUCAAGGAGUUCAUGAACGACAUCUACUUCCAUUUUCAAGACGCGUUCGAUGAAGACACCGAGUUCACCGGCAAAGAAAUUGUGAUGGCAAUUCGGAAGAUUCUCAAACAGAACACGAUGGACAUACUGGCGAAACUCGAGGAGUUCUACCAGCAACAAGUACAACAUCGUCAGUGA